AUGUACUUGUUCAAAGUUUUCGGCAUUGUAGCAAUAACUUCAGUGAGCAAUGCUCAGUUGGGGUCUAGUCCCUGCCUCAGUCGGCUCACUGUGGAAUGCUCUUGCCCGCCACAGUGGCAACUGUGGGGGAAAGCGUGCUAUCGCCUCACUCCCGCAAGCCAUAUUUGGGACGACGCCAAGUCAGCUUGCCGAGACCUGGAUGGCAAGAUGGCCGCUCCUCAAUCGCUUGAGGAAAUGAAUUUCAUGACGGAAAUGGCUCCGAAAGUGGACAAUAGGUUCUCUGUCUGGAUCGCUUGCAACGACAAAGAAGAAGAAGGGACAUGGGAGUGUGACAAUCAGGAAGGGAGGGAGCCCUUGGUAUGGGAUGAUGGGCAACCGAAUAACAACUACGGCGAUCAAAAUUGUGCGCGGAUGGCCUCAGUUCAUCAUGACAGAAUGGAUGACUAUGGAUGCGAUUACCGUUUCACGGCUUUCUGCGUUCGUCGAGCUGCUUGCACCCACGGCCUAACCCAACUCCGUCACUAA